UGUGUGUGGGUGUUUUGGCAAGAGAUGUCCUGGCAUGAUUCAGAGAACAUACACGACACUUGCUGAAAAGUAAAAAGAAAAAAAAAAUCUCUUUAUUUGUCCCCCGCUAUUGUCUCAAAAAGUGGAAAACACCUCUCGGCAAACUUUUCAAACCUUCCAGUUUGGCUGAGUGAAGGAAUGAUGCAUUCUCUCCAGACUUGCGUCAAAGCGGCAAUUCAGAAGUUUCACUAUUCCGUGUCUAAUUAAUUAACAGCGUGCACGACCUCUGCAGGCUUCUUUCAUAUCUCUUUUGUCUGAGUCAUUCCCCUCCCUCUGCUCUGUCGCACCGUGUAGACAUCCGUGUUAAGGGGCAUGUGGCAGAAGUUGCUUCAAUCUAAUUGUCUUUCCCUGCUCGUAUUGUCCUCAAAUGACUUUCUCUCUGUCUCAACUCUCCCCACCCUCCCUUGGACUUUCUCUCUGCCCAGUCGCUGUCUCGGUCUGUAACUGUAGCCUGUGUUUUUUUCUCCCUCCCACUCCCUGCGACGUAUAGAUACUGCAUUGAUCAGACACACGCGCACAGACACAUGCACACACACUCACUCACCAACCCAGCCUCCCACUCCUUUCAUCAUUGAUUCGCCCUGCUCUUCCCUCUUCUCUCGCUCUCUCUCUCUCUCCUCUAUAUUCUCUUGCUCCCCUCUUCUCUCUGUACAGCAGCACUUGUUGAAUUCAGCCCUCAGAGAGUAGAAAGCAAGGAGAGAUAAUGAUAAGGAGGCAUUGAGACGGGGCUGGAGCAGACCGCGAGCAGAGAGAAUGGGGUCUUGGAGGACAUAAAGAUAGGAGGCAGGACGAAGGAAAAAAAAAAAGUCAUAGAAGCUUCUCUGAGGCAGACACUUUAGGUGAAAGCGGGAGCUGGCCAGACGGAGGAGCAACAUCAGAGUGCUCUUCUUUCUGUCUGUACUACUCCUCAUCUGUCCUGCUCCCGACUCUGCUUAAAGCAGAAGACUCAGAACUGUCUGUGCUAACAGUGAGCAGUAUUUCUGCGUGUUAGCAGAGGAAAAGUUAUGAUGUGCUGGUUUCCUCCAGAUGUCUUUCUUGGUGGAAGAGUGAGAAUCUGAAAGCCCAUCUUCCUCUCCCCCUUCGGCCAACAUGUCCCAGCUGCUCCAUGUGGAGAUCCCGAAUUUUGGAGCCACAGUUCUGGGCUCCCUCAAUGAGCAGCGGCUGCUGGGACAUCACUGUGACGUAUCCAUAUUGGUAAAAGGUCAGGCUUUCAAAGCCCACAGGGCCGUUUUGGCAGCCAGCAGCCUCUACUUUCGUGACCUCUUCAGCAGCUCAACCAAGACCCAGUUUGAGUUGCCUUCCUCAGUCACACCUGCUUGCUUUGAGCAGAUCCUCACAUUCUGCUACACAGGGAAGCUAACGAUGGCAGCGAGCGAACAGCUGGUUGUCAUGUACACAGCUGGCUACCUCCAGAUUCAGCAUAUAGUUGAAAGAGGCAUGGACCUGAUGUUUAAGGCAAGCUCACCUCACUGUGACUCGCAAACUGCAGGGUCUUUAGAGGAGACGGGAUCAGAGCCGCAGAGUCCUCUCAAUAAUGGUAUCGGCCUAUCAGUAGCCAGCGUUCUGGGAACCCAAAGCUGGUCAACGUCGUCCCUACUCCUGCCGCAGCGUAAAAUUAAAAUAGAAGUGGGUGACCCAACACCGAUUUCCACACCCUCAACGCAAACCAAGAUUUCAACCUCGGAGCUGGGGAGCCGGUUGGCGAGAGCCUUCUACUCAGCAGCUGGAGGCCCUGCCAUUCCUGGUAUGCCUACCUUCCACCUUCAAGGAACUACUGGAGGCGGAGCCGGGGGUGGGGCAGGUGGAGGAACAGGUGCGGAAAGAUCCAGCCCAGGAGAGUCGAGCCUUCCCACCACAGACAGCCCCACAUCCUACCAGAAUGAUGACGAAGAAUUUGAGGAAGAGCCAUAUGACGGGAUCGCAGAGGACGCCUACAGUCAGCUCUAUGGACGUCCCACUAACCCCUAUGGGAUCCAAGACAAGCUAGAGUUGGCAGCAAUGCCAUUGGCCUUGGAAAAUCGCAACUGCGUGCUCAUCCGCAGAGACCUGGUGGCACUUCCUGCAAGCCUCAUAAGCCAGAUUGGCUACCGCUGCCACCCUAAGCUCUACACUGAGGGGGACCCAGGAGAGAAGCUGGAAUUGGUUGCUGGAACCCAGGUGUUCAUGACACGAGGCCAACUCAUGAACUGCCAUCUGUGUGCCGGUAUCAAACAUAAAGUGUUGCUUCGUCGUCUCUUAGCCACAUUCUUUGAUAGAAACACUCUGGCAAAUAGCUGUGGGACAGGCAUCCGCUCAUCUACAAGUGACCCAAGCAGAAAGCCCCUGGACAGCAGGGUCCUCAAUGCUGUGAAACUCUACUGUCAAAACUUUAACCCUAACUUCAAGGAGAGUGAAAUGAAUGUGAUCGCUGCUGACAUGUGCACAAAUGCAAGGCGGGUCCGCAAAAGAUGGCUCCCAAAGAUCAAGUCCAUGCUGCCUGAUGGCAUGGAAGUGUACCGGGCAGGUAUGGGCAUGAGUGCUGCUGCUGCCGUUGGUCUGAACCUAGCCCUGGGUGCCCCUCAGUCAGCAGUUUCUCUUUCCUUCGAGCAUGAUUUGAAGAGCCUAGAGCAAAGGUUGUAUCCAGAUCGCAAGGACCCUCUCAGGACUCAUGCAGCCAGCCCUGGCGCAGGGUCGGCUGGAGCAGAAGCCGAAGGUGAAAGUGAAGCAGCAGUCCAGGAGGAUCAAGAGGAAGAUGACGACGAAGCUGGAUCGGAGGGCGCAGACCGAUCACUGGGGGCACCUAUUUUGGUGUCGGUGGUCGGAUCAGCAGAUAGUCCUCCUGAGCAGGGGGCGGAAAGUUUUGGACAAAAUCUGAGGUUGAACGGACAGUGAAUCUCCCUCCCACGUCAUGAAAUGUGUUCAACACUCACAUUUACUUCUUCUCACGGUCUCGUCCGUCACUCUUUCUUCUCCUCUGUGCUUCCUCGACAGGGAAAUUUUGUUCUCCACACACAAAGCUGCACUCGCAACUUUUAUCAGACAAAAGUUGGUCACACAUGCAUGCGCUCGUGUGUGCUUGAGUAUUUGCAAACUUACAUGCAGUGAAAUAAAAAAAAACACAGCUAUUAAAAGCAUACACAGGCAUGGCAUUAGUCAGUUCGGGUCCAAGUAUGUAUUCAGCACUUGGGCAGCAUUAUUCCAAAAGGUCAAAUAACAAAGCAGAUGACUGUAAUGAUUCAUCAUAUCAGUGCGACAUCACCAACAGCUGGUUUGCAGCAAGUUGUAGUCUGCAGCGUAAUAUUAUUUUAUAAAAUGACUUCGAAAACUGUAUUUUGGAAACAUAGCUCUACAGCAAGACCACAUUGCAUACCAUUAAUAUUCAUAUAGAAUGCAUUGUAAAAGAAUUGUUUAGAAAAUAAGAAACCCUUUCCUUUAUUUUACCUUGUAUUGCUUUGCCCGAGUAUCAUACCCCUUGAACCUGUCCAUCUUUUUGUCACAGAUACAAAUUCUAUUGAAUUUUUGGGGGAUUUUGCGUGACAGACCUACAAAAACAGUGCACGUGUGCGAAUCGAGUUUGAGUUAAUUCAAUAUGUGAAGAAAAUGCUCUACUAUUUUUAAGAAAAUGCAUUUUUAUUCAUCCCCACCCCUGAUUCAGUACUUACUAAACUUCACUGCAAUUUCAGAUGUUCUGAGGAGCUUUGCACAGCAAGAGUGAAAGUUCUUGUCCUUUUUUUCUUUCAAAAUCAGUAACCUCAAUUUGUCAAAUUGAACUAGAGUAUUAAGGAUAUUUUAGAUUUUUGGUGUUUUUUUGGGGAGGGCAGGGGGUUGCUAAAAAUUUAGCAUUGUUUUCUUGUGCUGAUUUCUCACAUAAAUUCCCUAUAAAAUACAUUAAAAGUUUGCAAUAAUACAUGAUAUUAUAUGGAAAAGUUCAAAAGGUAUGGAUACUUUUACAACACACUCUGUUGUAUCACUUUUAUGAUGAAAAUUUCAGAAUAUUAUUUUCUGCAAGUACUUGUUUGUUUUUUUUUCCAUAACUCUUAAGAACAAAUGCAAGACAACAAAUCUAUCACCCACAUUUGUUGUUUUCUCGUGCAUAUCGAGUCGGACAUAUCAGACAAGACUGUCAAUGUGAUGCCUGUGUCUGCUCCAGACCACACCUCCCAAGCCGCACAUAUGUACAUGCAAAUGAACACACAAACAUUCAUUCAUUCAUCAUUACAUUUCUGUAAUACAAGCAUUUAAUGUACUGAUGUAGUCAAAUGGCACACUGUCCAAAAGAAUAUGUUGCAAUGCUUUUUAACUUCAAAAAUCACAGAAUUCUUGGAGAUACAGAGACAUGAAUAAAAACAUGAGAUAAUGUCAAGACUUGCAUGCAUUAGUCCAAACAAUGGCUGGAAAUAUUUGCUAAAGUAAACGGCAAAGUCCCAUUUCUGCAUUGAAAUAAGAUAACAGCUACUUUUGCCUGGAGAUGUGAUGUUAAAAACUAGAAGCACUUUCUCCAUUUCUUUCUGGAAAAAGGCUGCCAAACGUUACAAAUGAUCUUGAUGUAACCCUGCUUUGACUGUUUCUGACACCGUAUUAGUUUGAGUUUGUUGUUUUUUGUUUUUUUAUUUGUAUGAAUUCUACAGAGUGUAUUGUCCACUUAAAUGGAGAAGAGUGAAUAUAUGAAGUGCACUACACUGAAAAAACAAAAGCAAUGCCAGAGAGGAGUACUGUUCCACAUUCAUGAGGUGUUGUGAAUGUUUUGAGUCAAUUCUGUCCUGUUUCCAUCCUGUUUUUGUUGUUGGUUCGAUUACUCGCUCUCCAAUGGGGAAAUGAGAUGGUGGGUAAAUUAUUUAAAGAAAACUUUUAAGAGCAAAUUACGCUGGUUUACUGCGUUUGCACUCAAGAGAAUGGGAGAAGCCGAGGAUUCUGGAAAAGCGGCUCCUGCAAAAGACUGCAAAUCCCCACCACGACACCCUGAUUACAUAGUCAAUCAGACACUCUGUGGGCUCAGAUAGCAACAACGGGUCUCUAUUGACGAUGACUGUUUCUGUGUUUUGUUGGGGGGGAUGGAGGCCGUGCAUUCGUCAAGCCUGUCUUCUGUUUUUGAUGUCUGUUUUCACGCUCGUUGCCAUUACCAUGCAUAGGACCCAGUCCAAAGAGCCUUUCUUUAUCGUUUUUCUUUCAUAAUGAUACACUGUUGAAUGUUGGCCCUUGUUUUGUGCUUGUCGUGGGUUUCAAUCAGCAGUUGAAUAACAUUUAAUUACAAAAGCAGACCAUAAAUUUCUAUUUUUAUCACAAAUAUUCUAAAAAAAAGAAAAUGUGGAAAAUGUGGUGAUUGCACAAGUGAGGUUAAGCAGGUUUAAGGAGAUGCUCCCGGUAUAUUUGGUCUGUUAUGUAUUUUUUCAGUGAUGUGCCACUUUAGAGGUUGGGCCAAAUUUUUCUGUCUUUGACAAGUAUAUCUUGGAUCUUUAGGGUAAGCUUUUAGAUAUCCCUGCAUAUAAAAAAACAGGGUCAAGAUUGCACUAUAGUUAACAUUCAUUACGUUUACAGUUUUUUUUUUUUCUAUUUUCUAUUUUUCCCCCUUUGGGAAGAACUGUAAUCUGCCCCAGAUAAGCCAGGGUUAUGAAUGGCCAAAAUGAUGGUUGAAUGUAAAUUGUAGCAUUGAGGGUCACAGUCUUUUUUUUUUUUAUGAUAUAGUAAAUUAUUGAAUCUCUUUGUUUAGUAUGUGGCUUCAUUUUUUUUAUUCACAUAAAUUGUAAACUUAAAAAAAAAUUACAUUUAAAAUUAACUUUUCUGAUAGUGAUGUUUUUGCAUAAAUAUCAAUUUGUAUCAAUUUUAAAAUUGAUACAAAACAAGUCUUCCAGUGUGUUGAAGCACAGGCAGCAGUAUCCUAAUAAGUGUAAAACUGAGGUUUGUUCAGUUACUCCACAUGAUAUUAAAUAUGCUCAUCUAAGGGUGAAAUGACAAUAUUUACUAAAUUAUAGCACCAUCUUGUCUAAUUUAUUUGACGUUGCUCUUGUGAGAGGAUAAAUAAUAAUAAAUAAGCUAAAAAUGUAAUAAAUAGUUAAAAAUAAAUACAUUUAUAUUGAGAGGAAAGUCACCUAAAAAAGAUCAAAAAUCAAAACCCACCAAUAUCCUUUAUUAAAUCUGUUAAAGUGGUCCGAGUUUAAAAUAUAUUGAAUCUGUACAAUUGAAUCUCUGCUGUCUCUAAUGUAUCUUUAAACAGAAAGUUUUUUUCUGCAUUCAAUUUAACACAGUUUUCAGAGCAGUUCUAAUUAAAAGAGUGUAGUAGCUAGAAGGACCUAGGAAAAUGUGAUAUACUCCAUUGCAGUGAUUAAAGAAGAGUGGAACAGUGCCUUAGACUGUGAAUGUGGGUCUGUGCCAUAAUAAUUGUUCAGAAAUAAACAAGCCGAGGAGGCUGUUUGGAUUAGACUUUUCUCUUACUGAAAUUGUUAUUCUAAACUUUAAAAUUAUGACUCUAACUAUGUUGACAUACUUUAGCUGACUUACUUUCUUUCAUGUCAUUUUCGAAUGUAAAAACUUUGCUCCCUUUACUAGGGUCACUGUGUUUAUUUAAGCUUUUAUUUACAAUAAGACUGGCUCCUUCUUGGACACCCUUGCAUGCUGAGCAAAAUGGGGAAACCUAUCAUAUAUAUGUAAAUAAAAUCAGAUAUAGUUGAAUUUGUGCAUCCGCUCAAAUGCGUCUUCCUCUGUAAACCUCACCUUGAGUCAGUUUGUUAACUUUUUAAUCAACCUUUUUAACUUUCCUUUUUAGCUUUCUGGGAUCUUUGAUUUUUUUUUUUUUUUUAUCAUCUUGUGCAGGGUAACCGGGUGAAGUUGCACUUUAAAAUGAGAAAUUCUCAGAGAAUGCCAUGGCUAACCUAUGAGAGAAUGAGCUCUAUUGGAGGUGUUUAAUAGAAAGAAAGAAAAAAGUCAAACAACGUGUAUAAUUUUUCUAUGUUUCUGUGAUGGAAACCAGUGUCAUGUUUACUGAAAGCUCAAAUGAGAAAGAGGAUGAGGUUGGUGGGUGUGCAGAAAUUGUUCUUACUUCAUUUUAUUCAAAAACUUUUUUCUCUUCUUUUGGCUCUCUGCCUCUUUUACUGUAAAAAUAAUGGGCACUGUAAAAAAAAAAUGUUAUUUGCUCUGCUGAAAGGUUGACCCUGAAAACUAUACACUGAUAUGCAAAAAUUACACUUGUAUCAUAAAAUGCAUGCCAUUCAGAUGUUGACCCGGACCCGAUGAAACUUCUGAUCUUUAUGCACCCUGUAUUUUAUGCUGAAUAACUGUUUUCACUGUUUUCGAGCAGAGACUUGAGUCGACUUGCAGUCAACAGGGCUGUAUUUUUUUAAUCAUACACCCUGGCCUUUCAUUGAAUGUUUGCAUAAAAUGUAAUCUCUUGCAUAAUCGACAGCAAAAUACUGAUUAAGAGUGGCAUACAUAAACUAACUAAGUUGAGUGUGCAUCAAAAUCUUUAGACUAAGAAAAGAAAUGCACUGAAAAGUUUGUGCGUGUAUGUCUGUGUCCUCGAACAUGAUGCCAGCACUUUAGAACUACUUAGAAAACCGAAAGAAAAGAGAAAAAAAACCAUCAAGGGUGACCAAGGCUACAGGCAACAGACGAGAAGAUGCAACUUUUAAAGCCAUGUGUUCAGAGCGCUGACAAUCAGAAAAGGGAUGAGGCCCACAGUGCACUAUGGGGGAUGCGAAAUGACUUGCUGUGCUUUUGCUAUUUGCUUUUGUCUUUCAGCUUGUUUCAUUCUGUACUGGCUUACUUUCAGAAUGGAUGGUCGAUGGUGUCAUCUGCAGCCUUCUUGGUUUUAUGUGUGUGUGUGCGUGUUUGCAGCAAGGACUGACUCAAACCUUGGUGCUCAUUGGUCAAAGCUGUCCUCAGUUGGCAUGGACCUUAUCUGUCAUUCUCUGGGCUUUUUGGUGACCUGAUGAUGGAUGACAACACAAAUGUUUCAAAGAAAAAAAAAAAGAUAAAAAAAAGGAAGAUGUAAUAUGUAAUCAUGCAACUGCAUACUUUGAUCAUCGUGUUGUUUCUGACUAUCAGCAGGGCUUGGCCCAGGCAAAUUGGGAUGAGGCUAUUUUAGUGUUGAUACUGCUUCAUAAAAGAGACAAAAUGUUGAAACGUUUAUGCGCCUUCUGACUCUCAAGCAUCAAUAAUAUAUACUGGAAAUGCAAGUUGCCACUUUUGAUGUUGCAUAAAAAUCUCUUUCAUUCCCAUCAUUGUAUUUGCCAUCAUGGGUUUUAAGUUGUGUAUUCUCAGAGUACCUUAUUUCUUUAACUGCAUUACAAAAACAUGUCUGCUUUCUAAUAAAAAAGUCCUUACUUCACCAUGUACUGUA